AUCAGCAGCAGCGCAAGAGCAAGACAUGCCACAAUAACACAGUAACAAAGCGGAGAAAGGCCGCCGGAGUGCGAAGUAGACGAGCUCGGUUGCAGCUGCUCAGGAAUGUCCACCGUGCAGCCCUGAGGAGAAAAUGAAGCGCAAGAGCGAGAGGAGACGAGCCGAGUCGAGGAAAAAGCGCUGUGCAGCUCACAGCAGCUCAGAGGCGGCGCCAAACUCUGAUAUUUACAUUGAGAUAACAGACCAACUAUAUUUCGCCAUACUUAAGCAAAAGAUCAAGAGCACAGCCGAACGACACUGUUUCUGCAUAGACGAAGAGCUGGCAUAUGAGAACUUCUAUGCAGACUUUGGUCCCCUUAACCUGGCCAUGUUUUAUCGCUUUUCUUGCAAGCUGACAAAGAAGCUCAAGUCCAUUACACUGUCAAGGAAGAAAAUCGUGUUUUAUACCUGUGGAGAUCAGAAGAAACAAGUCAAUGCUGCCUACCUAAUUGGCUCAUAUGCAGUAAUGAAUCUAAACAUGAUGCCAGAGGAUGCCUACAGUCUCCUGGUGUCAAGGAAUUCAACAUAUAUUCCAUUCAGAGAUGCUUCGUUUGGAACCUGCAUGUACAAUCUGAACAUCCUCGAUUGCCUUCGUGCCGUACACAAGGCUCUGCAGUACGGCUGGCUCGACUUCUCUAACUUUGACGUGGAAGAAUAUGAGCAUUAUGAGAGAGCAGAAAAUGGAGACUUGAACUGGAUCAUUCCAGGAAAGUUCCUUGCGUUCAGUGGGCCUCAUCCAAAAAGCAAAAUAGAGAAUGGCUACCCUUUGCAUGCUCCAGAGGCCUACAUCCCAUACUUCAGGAAUCAUAACAUCACCACUAUCAUCCGACUCAACAAGAAGAUGUACGAUGCCAGGCGGUUCACAGAGUCUGGCUUUGAGCAUCAAGAUCUGUUCUUUGUGGACGGGAGUACACCAAACGACUCCAUCGUCAGAAAGUUCCUCAACAUCUGUGAGAAUGCAGAAGGAGCCAUUGCUGUCCACUGCAAAGCUGGUCUGGGGAGGACUGGAACCCUGAUUGGCUGCUAUAUGAUGAAGCAUUACCGCCUGACUGCUGCAGAAGCCAUUGCCUGGAUACGGAUCUGCCGACCAGGAUCCAUCAUUGGACCUCAGCAGAACUUUGUUGAAGAGAAGCAGAACAGUCUGUGGGCGGAGGGAGAUGUUUUCCGGGAGAAGAUGCAAAAUGAGCGUGAGAAUGGCAAGGUGGCUGUAACCAGGAUCCUGUCUGGAGUGGAUGACAUAACCAUCAAUGGGAGCAACAAGAACAGGUCAUCCAAGAAAGAAGAAAUGGAACUGUACAAUGAUGAAGAGGACAGAAAUGGCCUUACACAGGGUGAUAAACUGCGAGCCCUGAAGAGCAAGAGGCAGGCCAGAUCGUCCUCGGGUUCACUAUCGCAGGUGGUAGUGUUCUGCUGCAGCCUCAUGGGUGUGGUGUGGCCGAUGUGUUGCCUGCCGCUCAAAAGAUAGCAGAGAGAGGCAGAGAAAGAGUUGGGGAGAGGAAAAACAGAGAGAGGAAUGUGAGGUUUUGUAUGAUGGAGGUAAGUGCAUGUCACUUCCUUUAUAGCUGACAUCCUCUUCCUGUAGACAUGGUUGCUAUGCCAAUGAAUGGUAUGGCUAAUUUGAAGUUCCCUUUUUUUUUGUGUUUUUUUUUCUCUUUUCUUUCUAUGGAUGAUAAUGGUGUGAUGUGGAGAUGCACUUGGAGAUGCAAUACAUUUACACGCCUUUCAUUAUAUGCCUCAUGGACUCACUGAGCUGCUUCUGCUUUGAUAUCAAGGCUUACCUGAGAUAUCCUCUGAGUUACAGUAAAGCUGUCAAGUUGAGCCUGCUAUACUUGUUAACAACAUCCCCAAUUAUUCAACUAAUCACAUUUUUCAUAAGAUCUGGAUUAGUUGAAUUACAUGUUGUCCUGCCUGGCUUGCACUACUGACUUGGCACAAGAAAACAUGUUGGUAAGGGAAACUUGAUCCUCGUUCUGAUCCACAGUAGGUACUUCCUUAUUGUUUGGUUAAAAUAGCUACCCUGCUUGCUCAGUCACUUAAGAUGUAGGUGUUUUUUGGAAAUGUAGUACUUUGAUGUUAGAAUGAUCUUUGCAGCGUUUAAUUAAGGAUUUUUUUAAAAUGGUAUUGUUGGGAAAUUCCUCCUGAUCUGCGUUCUAUUACAAAGGAUUAUAAAACAUUGUGUGCUUCUGGGGAGAUAGGGGGAUGAAAAUGGGUUCUUAUCCAUUCUCAGGGGGCAAUUGAGGCAGAAGGGAGAUUUGCCUGCACUGCAGGCCAUAUGCCUUAUCAGUCAGUGUAUGCGUUGCUACACAAACCUCUAACUUCCAGCUGAACUUCACCAUCUGGCUCCACUGUUUGUUUUAUGAUGCAAUACUGAAGUACACGUUGAAUUCCAGUGACUAUUUAGAACGAUGAUUUAUAUGUAAACUCUUCAUCUUUUCAUGCAUGGCAACAGGCAUGAAACCCAUGGACAUGCGCGCAUGGACAUGCCUCUGUUUGAUCUGUGUUUGUGUCUAACAUGAAAUUAAUGUUGGCCAGGUUCAUUGUCAAUUGCCUGUGGUUUUUCCAUUGCUUUUGUGACUGGAUCAGUGUACACAUAACCGUCUGAGCUUUUACUCCUUCUGUCUCUGCCAGCUUCUUUUUAAACAGUCCAUUUUUAUGGAACACAUUUGGGUAAUGGAUACUUAAAUAUUUGUAGGAUUUUAAUAUUUUAAGACAGACAUGGUUUUUAUGAUUAAAGUAUUGCAGCUCGAUUGAUCUAUUGGCCGGCUGGUAUCAACCACUUUUUGCUCAUCAUACAGCUAUCGAUGUGUAUAUUGGCAGGAACUGCAGUCCAUA